AGAGUUGCAGGAAACGUCAGUGAUCCCUGCUGGCUGCUUCAAAAUGGCUACCGGAGUGGAUCAAGCUGUUGGCAUGAGUCUUGUUCUUUUCAGCCUCCUACUGUUUACAUACUACUCUGUUUGGGUCAUCGUACUGCCGUUCGUGGAUAAGGAUUACGUACUACACAAGUACUUCCUUCCUCGAGAGUACUCUGUUCUCCUCCCUGGUGUCGCAGCAGUAAUACUGCUUCUCUGCAUAGGGGCCUUCACUGCAGUCAUCAUGUGGAAGAAUCACAAACCAAAGAAAGUGAACUAGUUGGAGCGUCAGUGUGAAUGUUGUGUAUUUAACUGCAUACGUGUGUGUCGCUUAUGCUGGCCAUGCAAUCCAUGACCCUCGCCCCGUUUUCUAAUAAAUAUUCCUUUGUAAACAGGACAAGCAUGUUGCAGAAUGUCAUUUGAAAGUCUUCUCCCGGAUAUAUAUUUUAAAUUUUGGCUCCAUGGGGUUUAAUUAAAAAAAACAAAAUCUGAGCUAUUUGUAUCACAUCCACUACAGUCCUGACAUUUUCUCCCGCUCCUAAAGGAGCUGCCAUGGAAAAGGCAAAAACAAAUAACCGCUCGUAUCUAAUGUGAAUACUGUCCAUUAACGUUCCUCCACGCAGCAGAAACCAAAAGACCAUAAGAAAGACUUCAAUGAAAGCGACACAGUAAGGGCUGUUUUUUAACAGCAGUCAUUGCGACUCAGUCGUCGUUAAUGUUGCUGCCGUUCAGACGUCAUUAGACGCUCCCCACUUGAUUUUAUUAGGCUUUUAUUUCCACUGAUAGAAAUAGAAGAUGCAGGGCCCCUCCAAGUAGGAACAAAGCGCUAACUUUACAUGACUCACUGAUGUUUCAACUUUAAAACUAGAGGUAUGAAAUAUUGUGUUAGUAUUCCUAAGAGCCAUAGUUACUCCUGUGCUUUUUAGAGAGAGAAAGAGAGAGAGAGAGAGAGAGGGAAAUAGAGGCACCUCAAACAAAACAAAUGAGAGGAUAGGCGAAGGUUAAAUGUGGCCAGUGUUGUAAAUGACGGUUCACUUUGUAUUUGUAAGUGUAUUUGUACACUUUGGAUUGACAGAAUCCUCUGUAAAUAUUCUCGAUGGACAGGAGUGAAUGUGUCAACAGCUGCAUUGAAACCAGCAUCAAUGUGACGGCUGGAAAUGUCACUGGUCUUAGUUAGUUCUCAAUAAAAUGUAAA